AAAGAAAGAAAAAGGUGGGACCUCCGUACUAUUCCAUCGUAGGGAAGCAGCUGCUUACACCCAAAGCUUACCUACCCUUGCAGCCCUGGCACCAGCUUCUUCGUUUCGCCGUUUCGGAAACAGAUACACACCUCUACAACUUUCCCCGACAUAUCAAAAUUCUCCUUCACAAGAAAAGUGUACAACAAUCGGAAUCAUGUUCAUGCAAAUCAUAACGGCCUAAGUACCCACCGACUUGAAUAUGCGCAUUCGUCUGCCCUUUGCAGGUGUAUUUUUCCUGCUAUGCCUACUCGCAGGCUACGCAGGGCUUUCGUCCCUCCAACUCGACACCAUCGUCAACGAUAAAGUUCUACACUUCAUUACCUUUUUCCUCCUAACUGUCGCCUUCUACUGGAUCAUCGACACCAACCGCCGCCGAACUCUCAAUCUGACCGCCGUAGUAUGUACGAUAUGUCUCGGCGUCGGUUCCGAAUUCCUCCAAGGCUUUCUGCCCAAUGGCCGGGAAUUUGAUCCUUAUGACAUCGUCGCCAACGUCGUCGGCAGUGUACUGGCCCUCGGACUAUGCUCCUGGUACCAUCUCCGGAUGCUGGAGAGAAAGCGACUACGCCGGCAGUACAACGCCGUACCAGGUGAAGACGUCGAGGACCUCGAACUCGGUGAAGGGGUUGGGCUUCAAGAAGAGGGCGUCAUUCCGGCCGGUGGAACCGAGCGAGCCGCUACACUAGAGGAGGAAGUUGACAACUGGGACGAGAACGCGGUAGACGCCUGGGACGAUGGUGAAGACGAGGGCGACCUAGGAGUUAGCAACGGAAAUGGGAAGGCGCACGACCAAAACGGAGGAGAGGUGGCCGAUACUAAAAAGAGAGUCGACUAGUUAGGUUCCAUUACACGGCGUGAACUUCAUCCGCAUGUUGGCACCUUCUGGGAAUCAUCAUGGCAUAUGUACGGGUUAGGAUGAGAUUGUUUGUAUUUGCUUCAUUCUGAUCGGUCGCUUAAUAUCGCCGACGCCUAGAAAGGAGCGCCUACCUAGGUUCUAUAUACGAAGGCAGCAUACAUGACAGAGUGAACUAACUAACUUAGAACAAUCUACCUAACUAAACCUCUUUUAAUAGCUCUCUAUUUCGA